GCUCUAGCUUGUUCAAUGGAUCGUCAACUCGGGCAAGCGAACUCACUGGAGACUUUCUCUGAGUUUUUUGUUGAUUCUGCUGCCACCACUGCCCACCUUCGCACUCUUCACGGGGAAAAGCUGCUUCCGGUGACAACUUCCAGUCGCUUGUUAAUGGCAGACCAACACAUUAGGCCUUGCUUGGAGAUGGAUAGAUGGGGUACUUUGGUACUUGCAUACAAGACUCUAGGAGUGGUAUUUGGAGGACUUGUAACAUCUCCAUUGUAUGUGUACCCUUCAAUGAAUUUGAAGUCUCCAACAGAAGAAGACUACUUGGGUAUCUUCAGCAUAAUUUUCUGGACUCUUACUCUCAUAGGUGUUGUUAAGUAUGCUAGCAUAGCUCUCAAAGCUGACGAUCAGGGAGAAGGUGGAACAUUUGCCUUAUAUUCAUUACUUUGUAGGCAUAUGAAUAUUGGAAUCCUUUCUUCAAAACAUGCAAGUACAAACUCAAGACUUUCACACUCUAUGGAUGAGGUUACCAAAAAGCAAAGUAAGCUUGGAAUUUUUUUUGAAAGCAGUAUAGUUGCUAGAAGGGUAUUGCUUUUUGUUGCUAUAUUAGGCAUGUGCAUGCUUAUUGGUGAUGGUAUACUUACGCCAGCAAUCUCAGUGUUAUCAGCAAUGGAAGGACUAAGAGCACCUUUUCCUUCUGUGAGCAAAUCACUGGUGGAGGCACUUUCUGCAACAGUAUUAAUUGUUAUGUUCCUGUUGCAAAAGUUCGGCACCAGUCGAGUGAGUUUCGUAUUUUCCCCUAUCAUGGGUAUGUGGACCUUGACUACCCCGCUUGUUGGAAUUUAUAGCAUAAUACAUCAUUAUCCAAGGAUAUUCAAGGCUUUAUCGCCGCAUUACAUCGUCCAUUUCUUUUUGAGAAAUGGAAAGGAAGGCUGGCUGUAUCUUGGUGGCACUGUCCUCUGCAUCACAGGUUCUGAAGCAUUGUUUGCAGAUCUUGGUCAUUUCAACCGGAGUUCCAUUCAGAUAGCUUUCUUGUUUACAAUCUAUCCAUCUUUGGUUCUGACAUAUGCGGGGCAGACUGCGUACCUGAUCAAGAACCCAAACGAUCAUCGUGAUGGAUUCUACAAGUUCAUACCAACUGCAGUCUACUGGCCUAUCUUUAUCGUAGCCACAUCAGCUGCGAUUGUUGCAAGCCAGUCGCUGAUAUCAGCCACAUUUUCUGUAAUCAAGCAAUCUGUGGUUCUGGACUACUUUCCUCGAGUGAAGGUGGUACACACAUCUCGUAGUAAAGAAGGCGAGGUCUACUCCCCAGAAGUGAACUACAUCCUCAUGAUUCUUUGUGUUGCUGUCAUUCUCAUCUUUGGAGAUGGAAAUGAUAUCGGAAAUGCUUUUGGUGUUGUCGUCAGUCUGGUCAUGCUCAUCACCACUAUAUUACUGACCCUUGUGAUGAUCAUAAUAUGGAGAACUCAUUGGGGGCUUGUUGCUCUUUAUUUCUGUGUGUUCUUUGUGAUGGAAGGUGUUUACGUAAGUGCAGUCUGCACUAAAAUCCAUGAAGGUGGAUGGAUUCCUUUUGCCAUAUCCUUUAUCCUUGCUCUUAUUAUGUUUGGCUGGUUUUACGGGAGACAGAGAAAGAUGGAAUAUGAGUUAACUCACAAGAUAACUUUGGACAGACUUGGAAUGCUUCUAUCCGACCCCAGUGUUCAAAGGGUUCCUGGAUUGUGCUUCUUUUACACUAACAUCCAAGAUGGGCUUACUCCUGUUCUUGGACACUACAUAAAAAACAUGAAAUCCCUACAUAAGUUUACUAUAUUCACAACUCUUCAAUACUCAUUGGUUCCUAAGGUUGCUCCACAUGAGAGGAUUGUCAUCAAGAAACUGGGCCUCAAAGGGGUUUAUGGGUGUGUGGUUCAUUACGGCUAUGCAGAUUCCUUAAAUCUUGAUGGAGAUGAUUUUGUAGGACAAGUUACGGAUAGCUUGCAAGUGCAUAUACAGGAUUGCGCAGACGGUCGACCAUCUAGUCCUGUGGAGAUCCAGGAAGAGAUUUCUGAUUUGGAACAAGCAAAGCAGGCUGGUGUGGCUCAUAUCAGAGGGAAGACAAGAUUUUAUAUUGGCAAGAGCUGUAGCUGGUUUGAUAGAAUCAUGCUUGCUUUUUAUGAACUCCUGCACAACAAUUGUCGGUCUGCCCUGCCUGCUCUGGGGGUACCACUACCGCAGCGUAUUGAGGUUGGAAUGCUAUACGAGGCUUGAAAGCAUGAUUUUAUUUUGCAUGUCAUCUCCUUUCCAUGAUAUAAGAAAUAUACAGGUAUACAAUAAAAGAUAAGAAGAAUUACUGAAAUGGUGCCUAUAAAGGAUUUUCUGAACUGGCCCAUUUUUCUGCAUAGCCUUGUUGUAGGUAUUUUCUUGUUGGGAAAAACGCCAUGUUAUUAGCUCGCAUGUGGGCCGGCAAAUAGUAGAUAGAUUGAUGUAGCUGCAUGUUGUAAUGUUUGCCUAUGAGAAUGGAAUGAGAUGUUUGAAAAAUAUUAUCUAAAAAAAAAAAAAAAAAUUUGACUCAGUUUGCCUGUCGAGAUUCAAUAUAUAUAAAACAUGGUCGAACUAUGAACAAUGAAGCGAUGAGAGUGAACAAUGAAGCUUCACAGGUGCCUUAAGACUACUGUGGUUGAGGAGGGUGUCCUAGUCCUGGGGGUCUUUUAAAGAAGCAGAGGUGUUUGGCCACACCCAAUCGAGUGGCAGCUAAGGAAGUAGGCUCGCCUGGGCUAAUGGUUUUUGAGCCAGAUCAAAACCAUCCCUCGUGUUGGAGAGUGAGGAGCACUAGGGCUUCUAACGCCGACUUGGGUUUAGGUGUUAACUCGACUGUCCUUUCGGCUCAACCUCCUACUGCUCUAGUAGCCUCGCCAAAACCUCCUCGAGACACUCUCACUCACUCUGAUGGAGAAUGAAAGGGAAAUCUUAACUUCUCGAGUGGUAUAUUAUUGGAGAAUAGUGUUGCACAGUCAACUGUCAUCAUCUUCGUUCAUAUCCAAACUGUCGCUCCCGCUUCAAGCAUUGUACUAUAUUGAGAGUCUCCCCAAGAACAACCAUGUUUCUCAGUGCUUUCUUGACCUUAAUACUUUCUCCACGUUCCUACGAUUACUGUAAAAAAGCCAAAGUGUCAAGAAUUCUGCAGGUACGGAAAGCUCGGAUGCUUAAGUUAGUUCAUUGGAGAAAAGUGUAUGCCUAAAUACAUAAGAUUUUAGUUUAGGUUUCACACCUGGUGUAAGGGCCUAUUUAUAGGCUGAGACCAGCAGUUCCCCUUGCCUUGGUUUCCUUCUCUUAGUUGAACUAGGAGACCUGGAGAAUCCUCCUUGGAUCGGAAAUCCCACUCCUUUAGGAAGUAGAUUAUUGAUUGGAUUUUUCUGGAAUACCUAGUGCAAUUUGACUAUGAUUUCUCCCCCAAUUUGUCUUUGGGUGAGACCUUUAUUUGGAUUCUGCGGUGAAUCAA